AAAAAAGUCCAGUUGUCGAGUAUCGCGUCGCGCAUCCAUCAGAUUGGGUUAUCGGUUGCGGGAAGGAAUCUUCGGCGCAGAUGCGGGCGGAGCUUCGCGCCGAGAUGGGUCGGGUGGACGUGUCAAGCCGUGGCACCUAGACUCCAGAGUCACGCACGCACUCGUCCGUCGCCACGUCCCAUCCUCCAAAGUCUCUGCGCUCUCUCGGCGUUCCCGUCACUGACGCCGUUCCUUUCCCCCCCAUCCUUUACCCAGACACCUUGAGUUUGAGUCAAUGCCAUCAACCCUCGGCCCCGAUCUCGCGGCUGACCCGAAAAUUCCUGCUACCGCGAGACGCGACUUCGGGUUCCUCCCUGUCCCUCGAUGCGCCUACCUGGGCAGUUCUGGUGAGAUUGGCUACGGCAGAGUCCUCGCGUUCGCAGUCGCGGCCACGUUCACUGCGAUGAAUCUGUACUACUCUCAACCCCUGCUCGUCCAACUUGCGCAGGCGUUUAAAGUCGACGAUCUCCAAGUCUCGAGAAUUCCCAUUCUUCUCCAAGCUGGAUAUGCGACGGGUCUGCUGUUUAUCACGCCACUCGGAGAUAUAUUGCAACGACGACAGCUUGUUCUAAUAUUCAUCGUGACUUCGGGUGCCCUCACUGUCGGUUUGGCAGUGACGAAAUCCCUGAUCGUCUUUGAAAUCCUUUCUUUUCUGACGGCAAUCGCGACGGUCACGCCCCAGAUCCUGAUCCCGCUCACCGCAGAUCUGGCCCCCGCAAAUCGGCGCGCGACCUUCAUCGCGCUCGUUCUCGCGGGUCUGCUGACGGGUGUUCUCAUCGCGCGUGUUUUCGCCGGGAUCAUCGCCCAGUAUUCGUCGUACCGCAAUGUGUACUGGAUGGGUGCCGGCGGCCAGUUCUUUCUCGCCAUCGUCCUCUAUCUGGUCACGCCCCCCGUGCCGGUAAAGAACACCAACCUGUCGUACUGGCAGAUCAUGAAAACGAUGGCGAAGUUCGCAGUGACAGAGCCUAUCCUGAUCCAAGGCUGCGCCAUCUUUUUCUGUAGCGCAGCGAUAUUCUCGGGUUUCUGGGUGACCAUGACGUUCCUGCUCGACGGCGCGCCAUACCACUAUUCGACUUUGGUCAUCGGGAUGUUCGGUCUCGUUGGACUUUCGGGAAUCGCCAUGUCACCCAUUAUCGGACGGGCGGUGGACAAACUUGUCCCGUGGGCUGCGACCUUGGUUGCGAUUUCUCUUGUGCUGGCGUCUCAGAUCAUCGAGACGUUUGGAGCCCAGAAAAGCGUCGCCGCUGUUAUUCUUGCGACUAUAAUUCUCGAUAUCGGCGCUCAAGCUACCCAAGUUUCGAUGACCGCAGUGAUUUUCGGGAUCGACCCUGAUGCUCGGGCGCGGUUGAACACACUGCUCGUCGGAUCCAUCUUUCUGGGGCAGGUCGCUGGAACCGCCAUCGGGACCAAGCUCUAUGUUUCUGGCGGAUACAAGCUUUCCUCAGGCAUCCGCGUGGUUUUCGCCGCAGUGGAGCUGCUCGCGCUUCUCGUGAGGGGACCCCAUGCGCCAAGGCACACCUGGUUGGGAUGGGCCGGCGGGAUGAACCUCCGGAAACCGUCGUCGCCAGCGCCACCAGAGAUGGAGGAGGAAAUCACGGCGGAGAAGCCCAAAUCCGCCGCAGAGUAGUUCUAGUUACAAGGGAUGUCUUCUUUAGCGAACAAUGUCCUCUGGCGGCAACAUGGCCGAGUCGAACCAUUAGGCCUGUGAUUCAGGGCUGCCCGGGGAGGGCGGCAUGCCACGAUCGGAUAGAUCGUUCGUGGACCUCCUCCCCCACUCGGUGUGACAGCCGCACCCUCUCGGUUAUCACGGCAUCUUCGAAGAACGGCUACAAAGCGUUCGUCGAUGCAUAACGCUCGAUCGAGAUCUUCGAUCGCCAUCGCCCAGCUCAGCUCGUCCAUCUUGGACUGACCAUCACAUUGCGAACAUGGCCUAUUUAUGAAUUUGAUCGGAGUUGCAGGGUCUAGUGUCACGCGGCUAGCCCAAGAAUCGUUCAGCGUGCUCUAGUGCUUCGAUACCGGUCGGCAAUUGGUCGUGCUUCUCCUGCUCCGCUUUGCGGUCGAAAGGAGUUUGUUACACACCACACCACAGCUUGCCUGAUUGCAGACUUCCAUACCCUCGACAACAUGUAUGUAACAUGUGAAACGAAGAUAUUACGACGCUCUCCAUCCAUCAGAGCGUCCUCUCAAUCUCAAUUCACCUUGCCGUCAUCCCUCCAAGCUAGGGAUCUAGAUUGGUUAGACUCAUUUCGAGCCCACAUAAACUCUCACGCACUCUCACUUCAGGGCAAGAACACAAUCCCACCCCCCAUAUCCAGCUCAACAUGUGGAAAGCACUGGCUGUUCUCGCCGUUCUGGGUGUGUCCCGGCUGGCAUGGCUCGUCUACCGCCGCGCCGUCG